CGGGCCGCCCGGGGGCGGCGGGGCGUGGCUCCAGGGUGCCCUCCCGCGUGGGGUCAUAUUUCCUGCGCGUGCUCCCUGACCGCGGCGCUGCCUUCCCGCCAGACUUCAAGUUCUAAGUUUCAUUUCCGUAACCAGCCGCGACUGCAGGUUCCUCUAACUGCGGCCUUUCCCGCGAAGCUCAGUCAACUUUCCAGCAGCAGCAGAGCGCCAGCCAUGGAUCCUCGGAGCGGAAAGGCGACGCGGAUAGCUUCCAAGAUUUCAGCGCAGAGCGCGAACGGCGCCCCGGCGAAGCCCACCCCGGCGAAGCCCACCCCGGCGAAGCCCACCCCGGCGAAGCGCACCCCGGCGAAGCGCAUCCCGGCGAAGCCCAUCGAGCGUCCCGUUGUACCCGAAGCUGCCCAGCCCAAUGAGCAGGAAUGCAGCUCCACCGGAGCGUCGGGAAACCAGCAGAAGAAGAGCGCCCCGGGCUCCCGGGAGAGACCACAGGGACGAGCGCGGGGUGCGCGCUCCGAGAAGGCCCCGCUGAGCAGUGAGGACACAGUCGACGGGCACACGGAGCCGGCCGCGGCUCCCGGGCCGCCCCUUCCCAGGGCUGGAUCUCGCCCAAAAGGCGGUGCGUGCGCCAAGAAGGCGCCUCUGAGCGCCCAGGUUGCCUUGGAUGGGCAGGCGGGCCUGGCCCAGGAGCUGGACUCGCCCCUUCCUAGAGCUGGAUCUCGCCGAAAAGGGGGUGCAUGCGCCAAGAAGGCCCCGCUGAGCAGUGAGGACACGGUCGACGGGCACACGGAACUGGCCGUGGCUCCCGAGCCGCCCCCUCCCAGGGCUGGAUCUCGCCGAAAAGGGGGUGCAUGCGCCAAGAAGGUUUUGCUGAGCAGUGAGGACACGGUCGACGGGCACAUGGAGCUGGCCGCGGCUCUCGAGCCGCCCCCUCCCAGGGCUGGAUCUCGCCGAAAAGGGGGUGCGCGCUCCCAGAAGGAGCCUCUGAGCGCCGAGGACAUCUUGAACGGACAGGCCAUUCUGGCCGAGGGGCCAGAGCCUCCCGCAGCCCCGGAGUCGCCCCUUCCCAGGGCUGGAUCCGCGCGCUCCGCUGGCGAGCGGAGACCUCCGUCCAGACCAGCGGAGGACGCCGGCCAGGACCCGCCGGCUGCAGCCUCUAGUCGGGGCGGGCGGGAGGCCGUGCUUGGCGCCUACAAGCUCGGGGCGGUGGUGGAGAAGUUGAAGCUACGCCGCGCAGAAAUCUCAGAAGCCGCGAGUGUUGUAAACCGGCUCGAGGACCACCUGCUACGAGGACUGAAGAGCGGCCAGUCGGAGUUUAAAGGUGUCGAGGUGCUACACACUGGGAGCUACUACGAGCAAGUGAAGGUUUCUGCUCCUAAUGAAUUUGAUAUUAUGUUUACACUGGAUGUCCCCAGAAUUCAGCUAGAAGAAUAUCGCGACAGUGGUGCUCAUUACUUUAUGAAGUUCAAAAGAAACCCCAAAGGAAAUCCUCUGAAUCAGUUUUUAGAAGGGGAAAUAUUAUCAGCUUCUAAGAUGCUGUCCAAGUUUAGGGAACUCAUUAAAAAAGAAAUUAAAAACAUUGAAGAUAUGGAUAUCAUUAUGGAGAAGAAGAAGAAGGGGUGUCCUGCUGUAACACUUCUUAUUAAAACACCCAAAGAAAUAUCUGUGGAUAUAAUCUUGGCUUUGAAAGUAAAAAGCAGCUGGCCACGUAGUACCCAGGACGGCAUGCCCAUUGAAAACUGGCUUGGAGGAAAAGUUAAGAAAAGUCUAAAACUACAGCCAUUUUACCUGGUACCUAAGCCUGCAAAGGAAGGAAAUGUUUUUCAAGAAGAAACAUGGCGGCUAUCCUUCUCUCACAUUGAAAAGGACAUUUUGAAAAAUCACGGAGACUCUAAAAAAUGCUGUGAAAGUAAGGGAGUGAAAUGUUGCAGGAAACGCUGUUUACAACUAAUGAAAUAUCUUUUAGAAAAGUUGAAAGAAAAGUUUGAAGACCGAAAGGAACUUGGUGAAUUCUGUUCUUAUCACGUGAAAACUGCCUUCUUUCACGUAUGUGCCCAGAACCCACAUGACAUUCAGUGGCGAGACAACCUGGAGCUCUGCUUUAAUAGAUGUCUGGAAUACUUUCUUCAGUGCCUCAAGACACAAUGUCUUGAGAAUUUUUUUAUUCCUGCAGUCAAUCUAUUCUCUCAAGAUAAAAUUAACAGGAUAAGUAAAGAAUUUCUGUUAAAGGAAAUUGAAUAUGAAAGAAACAAUAGAUUUCCAAUUUUUGGUGAAUUUUGAAAAAAAAAUAUAAAUUAUAUAUA